AUGGCAAGGACAACGACGUGCGGCGCCAGCUGGACGUGCACGCCACCUUCGCGCGGGCCCGUCGUCACCGGCGCGCCCAUGCGCGCCGAGGCCUCGAGCUCAGAAGGGCGGCGUUCGCGCCGCGGGGCACCGCGAUGCCCUAUCGAUUCCGGCGCACGCGAUCGGUCGAACUGUGAUGCCACCCGGACGGCAUCUUUUGUUGGAGGAUGGGGAGCUCAGGCACGCAGGCGGACGGCCUUAGCGGCCUCGUUGUCGCCGAUGGAAAAGGUGCUGGCCAACCCGAAUUGGCCAGAGGAGUUUCCACUCAAGGCAAGCGAUUUUGCACGCUUUGAUGAAAAUGCUGAUCGAUGGUUUUACAACCAGCCACGCAUAGUGAAGCACAUCGAUGACAAUGCCAUCAGAGCUCUUACAAGGUAUUAUGCUUCUGUCUUUCCACCUUCAGGACAGAAGGACACUGCCAUCCUGGACAUCUGCUCCAGCUGGAUCAGUCACUACCCCAAAAGAUAUGAAGCUGGCAAGAUCAGUGGGAUGGGCAUGAAUGAAGUGGAACUCAAAAGAAACCCAGUUCUCACAGACUGGAUCGUUCGGGACUUGAACAUGAAUCCAGUCUUUCCAUACGAUGACAAUACAUAUGAUGUAGUGACUAAUGCAGUCAGUGUGGACUACCUGACAAGGCCACUGGAGGUAUUUGACGAGAUUCACAGGGUGCUCAAACCAGGAGGCUUGGCAAUAAUGAGUUUCUCCAACCGAUACUUCCCAACAAAAGCAAUAGCAGCGUGGGUGUCAAGUGGCGACAGCGAGCACAUCUGGAUCACUGGCUCCUAUUUUCACUACUCUGCCCAUGGCGGAUUCGAGGCCCCGGUGUGCAAAGACAUAUCUCCAAAGAAAGGGUGGUUUGGAAUAGGAGAUCCCAUGUAUGUCGUCUACAGCCGCAAGAAGGCAUGA